AUGUCAAACAGUAAUACAACUAAUCCACCACUUUUUAACAACAAUAAAUCAUUGUAUGGAACACGAACUCAAACCAAUCAAUCAUCGAAGAAGAUUUCCAUUAUUGAAGAUAAAGCAACAUUAGAACCUGUACGCCCAUUUCCCUCAUCACCCAAUGCUUCAUCAACACAUCCAAAUUCAAGUUUUCAACGCAAUGCAUCAAGUGAAUUAUCAUCUUCACAACUACAUAAACAAAUUCAAAUACAAAAGCAAGCCUUGAAUUCUAUUAAUCUUGAUCAGAUGCAUCAAAAUGUUUAUCAUCAAUUAGACGAAUGGAAGAAUAUGAUGUACAAUCGUGUUGAUUCUAUGAAAAGUCGAAUGUUGGAAGAAAAUGCCCAAUCACAUAACCAAUUGAUAUCACUUCAAAAUGUCAUGAAAAAUUUACUUGAAGAGGAAAUAAUCAAACAAUUGUUAUUAUUGAAAACGAAUCCACAACUGAUUAAUGAUCAAGAACUUGAUGAAAUAGAACAACGGCUCGAAAGAGUGAAUGCUGAAAUUGAAUUCAUGAAAAGAUGUGAUGUUCAACUAGAUUCUUCGAAUACUCAAAUUGUUGGAGAUAUACACUUACAUAAAAUGACUGAUUUUAGUAAACACCAGCCGCUACCACAACCUCCACCCUCUCCACCUCCACACUCAUCGGUACUGCCAACAAUAUCCUCACAACUAUCAACAACUAUCUCGGAUGAGAAAGAAUUAGAUCAAACACCAACUGCAUCUGAAUUAACUGCAUCGAAACCUAUUCCUCCAGUUUGGACCGAUGCCACUCGUCAAGGUCUCAAUAGUUUAUCACAUUAUCUUCCAUUUCGUUUAUUAAUUCCAAACAAUGUUCGCGAAAAGUUGAUCGACAGUUUCGAUAUCGAACACUUCGAGUCUGAAUUAGCACUUUCGUGUGAAUCUCCAAUUGAAUCCAUAUUAACCAUAAUCAAUCAAGAUGACCUCGACGUCUCCGUCGAGAUUCUAAAUGAUCUAAUGAUUGCAUUUCAGUGCUCAUCAAGCCAGUAUGAACUUCGUUUGUUAUAUCCGAAAAAAUUCAUUUCAAUCAUAACUGGUAAACGUAACGAACGACUAGACCGUUUGAAAGACAAAUAUCAAUUGGAUAUGAUGAAAGUUUUUCCACAAGCAUGCCCACUCAGUGAUGAACGCGUCAUUCUACUACGAUGUCAACAUGCGGACUAUAUUAUCUACUGUCUUCGUGAAGUGAUUCAAAAUGUUCUUGAACAAGGUCAUUUUGAUAAUGAAGAUCAAUCUUAUGCUAUGUACGAUCCAUCAGAGAAUUACGAUGAGUCGUCUGCUCAUGAGUACGGUGGUUACAAAUCGAAUGAUAUAUGUGAAGUAACUCUAGCUGAUAAUAAUAAUGACGCUUCAAUGGAAGAUUUAACUGAAACGAAACAACGAUCAAGUGCUUCCGCACAUUCAUCUUCUUCAUCGUCAUUGACGAAACAUCGGCAUAAUUCAGAAGAAAUUCCAUUGAAUUACGAUGAUACCGAACCUGAAUCGGACGAUGAUGAUGAUAACGAUGAUUCGAAGCGAUCUCAAUCUUCCGAAGAUAAGCGAAUUUUCGUAAAAAAAUUAAAUACAGUCAAAGGACGACAAGUGGGAUUAUUGAUUGGUCCAUUUGGUCAACAUAUAACACAAAUUCGAGAGCAAACCGGGGCAAAAAUUCACCUAACAAAUGAUGAUAACGAACCUUCGGUCAUCAAAGGCACAAAAAGUCAAAUAAACCAAGCACUUCGUUUGAUUAGAGAAUGUUUACAAACACAAAAACCUAUUCCUCGAACUGCAUUCAAAGGUGGUCGACGUCGUUAA